AUGUUCACCAAAGUGUUCGCCCUUAGCGCCUUCUUGGCUGCUGCCAACGCUGGUCUCCUGCACCAUGGCGCUGUUUCUUCCCAGAGCAUCGUGCGCCACGAUGCCCCUGCACAUUACGCCCCUGCACAUUACGCCCCAGCACAUUAUGCGGAUGGUCACUACGCCGCUCCCCUAGUUCAUGCUGCACCCAUUGUCCACGCCGCCCCCCUCGUUCAUGCCGCUCCUGUAGUACACGCUGCUCCCAUCGCUGUUGCCCAUGCCGAAUACUCUCACCCUAAAUACGACUACGCCUACUCCGUGGCUGACCCUCACACCGGUGACCACAAGUCCCAGCACGAAAGCCGUGACGGUGGUGCCGUUCACGGCAGCUACUCCCUGGUCGAGCCUGACGGUUCCGUGCGUAAAGUAGAGUACACAGCUGAUGACCACAACGGUUUCAACGCUGUAGUCCACAAGACCGCCGGACACCACCCCGCCCCAGUUGUCCACGCUGCCCCCAUCGUCCACGCGGCCCCCCUUGCGCAUAUUGCGGUCGCUCCCUUUGCACAUGGACAUCAUGGCCUCCAUUACUAA